AUCCGCCCAUGUCUCACUCAUUUCGGCGAAUCGGUUCCUUCGGACAAUAAGUAGGUUACAAUGGUUCAUGAGUUCUUUUGCUUGGCGUAUAAAGCUUAGUUCACCCAAAAAUGAAAAGUCUGUAUGAAUUUCUUUCUUCUGCUGAACACAAAGGAAGAUAUUUUUGAAGAAUGUCGGUAACUAAACAGUUGUGGGGCACCAUGGUAUUUUUCCAUAUGGAAGUCAAUAGUGCGGAUUUUUCAAAAUAUCUUCCUUUGUGUUCAGCAGAAAAAAGAAAUUCAUACAUGUUUGGAACAACUUGAGGGUGAGUAAAUGAUGUCAGCAUUUUUAUUUUUGAGUGAACUAUCCAAUCCUUUUAUUUCGGACAUGUCAAAAACCGAUUCAGAUUUGCGAACCGGUCUACUAAGAACCGACUCCAAAGAACGAUUCGUUCGUGCAUCGGACAUCACUACCCACAAUCCCACAGACAAAAACAGGAAGGAAUGGAUGUUUUUAGUAAGCCUGCUUAUCUGUUGUAGAGAAAUAAGAAAAACUACUUAUAAUAACGUUACCUAGAAGUAUAAGACCGCGGGUCACCAAACAUGUCUUUCAAACGGGAGGGUGAUGAUCAAAGUCAGCUAAAUGUACUGAAGAAACGACGCGUAGCAGAUCUUCUGUCAAACUUUAUCCCAGACGAUGAAGCUGUUCUGAUGAAAAACGGAAGAUACAGCUGCCUUGUGUGUUCUCACCGUCCUGUAUUUGACACUGUUGAUAUGCUCGUGGUGCACAGGAAGGGAAAGAGACAUCUUGAAGGAAUGAAAUGGUUCUACGGCAAAAAGAAUCAACUGCAACGUGAAAUUGAUAAAAGAAGGCAUCAAGACUAUGUCAAAGCAGAAGAUGAUCGACAGGAACCCUCCAGUUCAGCUCCUCUACUGAGCCAAACACGCAAAAUUACCCAUCAUGCCUUACUCAGAACUGCUCCGUACAGUAGCUGCCACAGAAAGGCCAGUGAACGAACUGAAUCGUCAGGAUGUGGUCAAGAGGAUAGAAAUGAUCAAGUCAACAAUAUCAACCCCCACACAUCCAUGAGGACAGGAAGUAUUGACUCCAUGUCAACAACUAGCACGACAGUGCAUGAGGGCCAGACUGAAGGGAAAGUAGAGACAAAGAAGAGAAAGAAAGGGUCCAGCAUUGUGACAUCCGCUGAUUGUGAGCCUCUAACAGAGCAGAGACGCAGAGAACUGGACCACUACCUCAAAUUAAAGAGUUCAGGGUGGCUGCAGGACCGAAGUGGUAAAUGGGUAAAAGAUGAGAAUGUCGAGUUUGACUCCGAUGAAGAAGAACCAGCUCUGUUGCCUCCCUGCAGUGAAUCUUCAUAGCAGACUCUGUUAAACAGCUCCAUACUGUUCAGCAACUGCAAAAAAGGCUUCAGGCUACAUUUAAACUGAACUGUGUGCAAGAUGACGACAGUGUUCUCGACAGUCACAGCUCUCAUAUGACAUCUUUUACGUGUGACCCACUUUAUAUACAGUAAGGUUGAAACUUUAAGACAUUCUUUCUGGAAAAGAAUUUGAGCUGUUGCGUUUUGCAAAUUGUAUUAGUACUGUGUACUUGCCAUCUUAUUUUUAAAAAAAAUCUGAUUCUGACCCAAUAGAGGAUGUUUUAGAAAAUGCAAAAAGAAUGUCAUAUAUAAAUAAAGUUAUAACCUCUCAGUCUGUUCAAUCUCAUGUGGUAUAUUUUUACAAAUAUCAUUAUCAUUUUCCUUUCCAUGUGUGAAUGUUGGUUGCAUGAUUGAAUAGGGCCAAAUCUGUUCCAAAUCGAGAACAGAAUGUGGAACGGCUGCUUCGUACUGUGGUUCCUUUGCCAAAUGCCAUCAGAGUGAUCUUGGCAUAGUGGGACCACAUUCUGCAAUAGACUUGUUAAGUUUAGUCACCCACAGAAAUCAAAAAUUCACUUUUGUGACUGCUGUCGCUUUUUACAAAUUCUUUAAAAAACUGUACUUGUUAAUUGGUGGCGCUUGAGAAUCUUCAUAGGUUAGCAGCUGUUCCAAAGGGGAGCAUAAAUCUCCUCGAGGAAGGCGGUAUAUUUGGAGCUUUGUAACUCAAAGCCAUCAGCCUGGGUUUCAUGACUGGGCGGUUCACGUGUAUAAAUAGGUUAGCUGAGGGGGAGCAGGAAGCACGGCUGUGGGAUAUUGAAUAGUUCCAUUUGUUUUUUGCCUCGGGGUUUGGGUCAUCAUUUGAAAAGGUUAAUCAUAUAAUCAAAGUUAUGAAAUGACUCAUGCAUCAUUUUAUCUCAAUCCUCUUUUAAUUUAAUAAUGCAUAAUCUAAAUCUAAUCUAAAUCAUAACAGAGUCCAGAUCUUCAAAUGAUGAUGAAGCUGUUUUUUUGUUUUGUUUAUACAAUGAGUCUGUUGAGAGCAUCUGCUUUAAGAAUGCAUUACA